ACCAUCGAUGGCUGUGAAUGAUGACGUAAAAAUGACUUCUGAACCGAGUGCUGAUGUAGAUGGUAUGAGUUGUGAGGCGAUGAACACGAACGCAGAUGUCGAGGGUGUGAGUGAUGAGGCGGCAGUGAAUGCAGUUACUCUAUCGGACCGUAGAAAGAGCGGCGUACAUUGUGAUUCAAACAUGCAGGUCAACACGAACAUGGAUAAGAGUGUAGUCUCACAGAAUACUGAUAUAAGUAAUACGGCACAUUUUAGUAAAUCGCGAAUUAUUGUUCAGGACAAUGACAAUGGUGUCACAGAGCCAACUCCCCAGGAUGUGAAAAUGUCCGACGACACUCAACAAGAAACUGUUUCACACAGGGCAAAGACUCCUGUUGUCGCUCCUGUGUCGUUUGGUAGUGCCACUUUGCUGUGUAAAAACGACUUCAGACCUUCUUUUGAUUUAGUAUGUAUAGAUACACCUCCGGGACAGAAAGCGAAAAGUCAACGUCGACGAAAAUCCAGUCUGCCGCUGGAUGUAAUGUUUACAAAUCAACUGAAACGUGCCCUGGAAAGAAGAACCAAUGGGAAGACAGAUGCUAUAAAUUAUCACCAUGACAACAAUGAUGACGAUGAUGAUGAAGAAGUUUUUGUCAAACAAGAGAGAACUGGAGUUCUCAAUGGUGUAAUUAUCUGUGUCAGUAGAAAACUAAUUAAGAAACAAAAUGAAUACAAUAACAUAGCGGCUGCUCUGAAUGCCGAAUACUUAUGGACGUACGACAGUAGGUGCACACACUUUAUACACCAGGGAAGGAGUAACGAUACCAGUAAGGAUUAUAAGUUAGCCAAGGAACAAAAAAAACAUAUAGUGAGCCCUCACUGGCUGUCUGCGUGCAAAGAUGAAAACAAACACAUUGAUGAAUCGCUUUAUCCUCAUACAUACAACCCAAAAAUGAGUCUGUCUGUAGUUAGCAAACAAAGAAGGUCUACCAGAGCCAGCAUCAAAGCCGAGACCACAUACUAUAGUGACGAUGACGACGAUAACGCUGACGGCGGCAAGGAGGAUUUACCACAAGGAGAUACACUAGAAAUACAACAAGACUUCAAGAGACAAUUUGAUGAAAUAAUGACAUCUGCAUUGACUACUAAAGGCACACGGCGAAAGAGUAGAAGACUUAAUAACAGUUCUAAUAGCAAUACUGGAACCACUACAGACCAAGAUGAGGAAAUAUCCAGAUCCAGUGCCAGUAGUAGAGAAGCAAGUAAAACUAGUUACCAUGUCAUUGCACCUGAGCAUUCCCAGACAUUGCAUAUAACGUGGGAUGACCCUACAGGCAGAGAGGAACGACAGAAAAUAAUGGAAAAAUUACAAGGCGGGGUCGUGAAUGCAGAACAUGAUGACAACGAGGAAGAUGUCGAUGAAGAAGAGGAAGAUCACCAUGACGAUAAUCAAGAAGAUAACAGUUUGGAAGAACCAACCACACCGGAGGCUCCACCAGUGAGACUACUGCUUACAAAGCCGGCUGUUGCGCUAGCUCCAGAGGAACGUGUUUAUAAACCACCAAGGAUUUUACUGUCGUCGAUGACGCAGCAAGAAAAGAUACAAUAUGGUGCUUUGAUAGAAGAGUUAGGGGGUACUGUGAGCGAGACGCAGUACUAUGAUAGGACAUGCACACACGUGGUUGUCGGCAGUCCCACUCGCAAUGAGAAGUACUUGGCAGCAUUAGCGUCUGGUAAAUGGGUCUUACAUAAAUCAUAUCUAGAAGCGUGUAGACAGGCUGAACACUUCAUUGACGAAUACGAGCAUGAGUGGGGCAACGCUACUGACCUUAGUAACCGUAACCCACAGACUGUCAAGUUAGCGCUGGCAGCAACACGAUGGAGACAAAGACUUGAUGAAGACAGAGAGGCCAGUGAUGGCGGUGUUGUUGGAGCAUUCAAAGGAUGGAAAGUCUUACUGUGUGUAGAUGCCAACAGGGAGGCUGGCUUUAAACGCUUACUAGAAGCUGGAGCUGCACAAGUAUUAUGUUCAAGACCUCCAUUUACCAGUUCAGAGCAUGCCACGCAUGCAUUUCUUGAUAUGGGAAAGAUUAGAAAGUCAAAGUUAAAUGUGGAUAUAGCAGGUUUAGUUGACUGUGGUGUGAUGUGUCUCAAGGCAGAGUACAUUGCAGAGUACUUAAUGGUAGAUCCUCUACCAUCUGCGCAUAAAUACUACGUAGACGAAGCCAGAGAAAUUAUCCAAACAACCAAUAGCUCUGAAUUCUCAGCAGGUACACCAAUAAAAAGAAAAGCAGUGGACGAUGAACCAAGUGAGUCAAAGCGAAGCAAACGAUAUUGAGCAAUUAUACUUACUGCUUUCGUGCUCCAGUCAAGCCAAAGAAUAUUCUUCCCAAGUGCAGAAAAUAAGCAAGCUGUUUAGUGAUUGGUUGAAGGGUUUGAUAUUUGGGUUGAGUAACCAAUCAGAGACAUUCUUGUAAAAUCAACAUAUAAU